CCAAGCGUUGGUUUACAUUAAUUAGUAAAUAGAAUAGACCUUAAUGAAACAGUUUCCCAGGUCACUGCUGUUAUCAUUAACACGUCGCUAUAUUAAUAUUACUAUUCUUAAGUUAGAAAGUGGCCAUUGUUAAAGUGAGUCGGAUGCUUGUUUUUAAAUAUUUGGAAGGUUGAUAACUUACGUGUUUGACGUAAUGAGGCCUCGCGGUGGUCACGUGAUUUUUUUGGCUUGUGCCAUAACAUCCAGCCGCUGGUGUCGGGUAGUCUGCUUCGAGUGAAACAUCAGUAGCUAGCUGCAGAUACAGGUACAAUGGAUUUCAACGUGAAAAAAAUAGCCUCCGGAGCCGGACUGUUUUUCACACGCGCUGUCCAGUUCACAGAGGAGAAGCUGGGCCAGGCGGAGAAGACUGAGCUGGAUGCUCACUUUGAGAACCUGAUGAGCCGCGCAGACUGCACCAAAAACUGGACUGAGAAAAUCUACAGACAGACUGAGGUCCUGCUGCAGCCCAACCCAAGUAUGACAUCAAUACAGCAAGAGUGUGUGGGAUUUGAAAUGAAGGUUUUGUGGUCACUGGAUCUGUUUCUUGCAGGGAGUACUUUGAUUGAGGUGGGAGAAUGUGAGAGAAGACUAGGAGCGGCAGAGAGGGAGUUCCUCCAAACAUCAGCCAUCAGCUUUCUUAGCCCUCUCAGGAAUUUUCUGGAAGGAGACUGGAGGACUAUUUUAAAAGAACGGCGUCUUCUGGAGAACCUUCGCCUGGACCUGGAUGCCUGUAAAACACGUCUGAAGAAGGCCAAAGUGGCUGAGGCUAAGGCUGCAAUGGCUCCAGAUUUUCAGGAGACCAGACCCCGCAACUAUGUGCUUUCUGCCAGUGCCUCUGCGCUCUGGAGUGAGGAAGUGGAAAAAGCAGAACAUGAGCUUCGAGUGGCACAAACAGAGUUUGACCGCCAAGCAGAAGUUACACGGCUGCUUUUGGAGGGCAUCAGUAGUACACAUGUAAACCACUUGCGCUGCCUGCAUGAGUUUGUGGAGGCCCAAGCAGCUUACUAUAAGCGGUGUCACUUUCACAUGCAAGAACUACAGAAGGAACUGGGAAGGCUUCCCAAUGCAUUUGCACUUAACUCCCACCCCUCCGUGGCCACUGCUGGCUCUGCAUCAGAAGGCAUCAGCAGCCCUGUGGAGACAGACACACUGAAGAUUGAGGAAGUCCAGGCACCAGCUACAGGAACCCGCAAGGCCAAAGUCCUUUACGAUUACGAUGCUGCUGACUCCAGUGAGCUCUCCCUUUUAGCUGAUGAGGUGAGGUUGCAUUAUCUACCUGCAACUAGCAGGACGAAUAAUGACUGUUGACCACUGGCUAGAAAUCUCUCUCUAAACAAAAACCUCACUCGUUGGAAUGUGUCUGCCCUUUCUCCUCAAGGUACAGUUUUUUAUUUCUGAUGUUAUUUCUGAUGAUAGUGGAGUCUGUCUUUACUUAAUGGCCCACCUCCCCGACCCUAACGAAUCUCAUCUCACCCUUUUAUCAGCAAAGAGCAAUAGAAUACAUACAGGUAGCAGCUUCUCAUGAUGGCAAACAUCAGACUGGAUCAGCUGUAGCUGAUUAACAUUUAAAAAUUCAAGUUUGUCUGUUCAGUUUAGUGUGCUCUCUGCAGCUACAUCACUCUGUAACACCGCUAUACCACUGACUGUGGACAACAGGGACAAAUAGAGUAGUGACUCUCUGGUGACAUACAUCAACUACAGAUAUUAACAGCUUGUUUGCACAUCACUGCAUUCCUGUGAAACAAACUGCAGCAAGACAUACAUAUAUAUAUAUUUUUUAUCUUAAUAAAACCAUAUUAGUUUAAGUAUGCACUAUAUUUACAAUGUAACGUGAAACCCACGCCCUCUUGAUGGGGAACUGAAACUGUUAUAUCCAACUAUGCUCUUUUCAAACCUACCAGUCUGACUUUGGUGUUAUAACAUGUUAGUUUGGACCACCAAAGUCACAUAAUAACUUUCAUGUCAGUCCCUAUUGGAAAGAACAAGUCUUUAAAUUCAAUUCAAUUGCUCCUUUUCAUAACAAAGAAUUACGUCCAACAUACGGUAUGUUGUGCUGUUGAGGUGUUUGUACCUUUCUCUCUGAUGUAAUUUCAACUAGCACAGCACAGACUGUCCUCCAUCUCACAAGGGGGACGUGUGGCACAUAUCAGUAGACCACUAAUCCAUUGUGCUUUUCACUUACUGAAUUUUACGUGUCAUCAGAAUCACAUGACUGCAAAGAAGCUAUCGAAUGUGUCGUAUACAUUUCAUAUAUGAUGCUGUUCAUUUCAUUUUCAGUAAAAAACUGGUGUUUCUGCCCUCACAGCCAACAUAAGGUGAUUAGACAUCUUUAAGUUGGAGUUAUUUUUGGCUUUAGUUACUAGCAAAUGUUGAAAAGUUAACCCUUUUAAGAUGCAAUAAGGAAUUACAAAGGAUUCAGAUUGGAUAAGGUGAUUUGAUGGUGGAUUUAGAUUUGCUAAAAUGCUAUUGAAUCCUAUUGCUGCUGACAUUGCAACUGUAGCUUUAUGUCAGCUCUGCAUUGGUUGCAACAUCUCUCAGGCAGAUGGAUCGAAGUCAUGUGUUAAGAGUGCUGUUUUUUUUCUGAACAGGGAAAUUAAAAGCUAAGAAAUUAAAUGAAAGCAGAAGUUGCACUGAUUAUGACUUCUUUCAAAUACAAAGCCAGAGUAACAGAUAGAAGAAGUACGCUGUUAAUAAGAAUAAUGACUGAACCAUAAACUAAAGACCACCAGAG